ACAGGGAAGUUUAAGAUGCCCAAGUUCGACAAGCCCAAAUUCGGAGUGUCGGCGCCCAAGGCGGAAGGGCCCGAAGGCGAGGUCAGCCUGCCCACCGCUGAGGUCGACCUGCCCUCUGGCACCGUGACGGUGGCAGGGGAAGGCCCUGCACUGGGCCUCAAAGCUGACGUUGCCGGUGCCAAGACCGAAGGGGCUGGCUGGAAGCUGGAAAAGCCCUCCCUCAAAAUGCCCAAAGCUGACAUCAAAGCUCCCAAGGUGGACAUCAGCCUGCCCUCCGUCGACGUCACCCUUCCGAAGGCCAGCGUCGAGCUGCAGGCGCCCGAGGCGGCGCUCGCCCUCGAAGGGGAAGCAAAAGCCCCAGAGAAGGAGGCCACGAAGGCCAAGGACGGCAAGUUCAAAAUGCCCAAGUUCGGCAUGCCUUCCUUUGGCUGGUCCAGCAGCAGAGAGGCCAAGGGCACCGUGGCCGCCGAUGUGGACGUGAGCCUCAAGGAGCCCCAAGUGACGGCGCCCUCGGGAACCGCCGACGUUGAGGUGACCCUGCCCAGGGCCGAGAUCCAAGCUCCUGGCGUCGAGGUGACCAUUGAGACAGCCGCUGGCGGAGACGGGGAGAAAGGACGGUUCAAAAUGCCCGACGUCAAGAUGCCCAGCGUCAAGCUGCCCAAAGUCAAAGCGCCCCACGUGCAGGUCAGCCUGCCAAAGGGCGAGAUCUCCGUGCCCAAAGCCCAGGCCGAAAUCCCGGAGGGCGAGCUCACCCUGCACGGCCCCGACGCCGAAGGCAGCCUGGACGUGCCUGCCAGCAAAGUGGAGGGCAGCGGCAUGAAAAUACACAUGCCAAAAGUCAAGGUGCCCAGCGUGGCCUUCUCCAAGCCGACCGUCAAGGCUCCCAAAGUCGAGGCGGACGUCAGCCUGCCCAAAGUCGAGGCCAGCCUGCCAGAGGCAGAGGUCAAGGCUGGCGCCGUCGACAUCAGCAUCUCGGCGCCCGACAUCCAGCUGCCCUCCGUGGAAGGCUCCCUUGACCUCCAGGCACCCGAGGUAGACGUGAAAGUGCCCUCCGCCGAAGGCUCGCUCGACGGAGCCGAGCUGGAAGCCACGGGCCUCAAAGGGAAGUUUAAGAUGCCCAAGUUCGACAAGCCCAAAUUCGGAGUGUCGGCGCCCAAGGCGGAAGGGCCCGAAGGCGAGGUCAGCCUGCCCACCGCUGAGGUCGACCUGCCCUCUGGCACCGUGACGGUGGCAGGGGAAGGCCCUGCACUGGGCCUCAAAGCUGACGUUGCCGGUGCCAAGACCGAAGGGGCUGGCUGGAAGCUGGAAAAGCCCUCCCUCAAAAUGCCCAAAGCUGACAUCAAAGCUCCCAAGGUGGACAUCAGCCUGCCCUCCGUCGACGUCACCCUUCCGAAGGCCAGCGUCGAGCUGCAGGCGCCCGAGGCGGCGCUCGCCCUCGAAGGGGAAGCAAAAGCCCCAGAGAAGGAGGCCACGAAGGCCAAGGACGGCAAGUUCAAAAUGCCCAAGUUCGGCAUGCCUUCCUUUGGCUGGUCCAGCAGCAGAGAGGCCAAGGGCACCGUGGCCGCCGAUGUGGACGUGAGCCUCAAGGAGCCCCAAGUGACGGCGCCCUCGGGAACCGCCGACGUUGAGGUGACCCUGCCCAGGGCCGAGAUCCAAGCUCCUGGCGUCGAGGUGACCAUUGAGACAGCCGCUGGCGGAGACGGGGAGAAAGGACGGUUCAAAAUGCCCGACGUCAAGAUGCCCAGCGUCAAGCUGCCCAAAGUCAAAGCGCCCCACGUGCAGGUCAGCCUGCCAAAGGGCGAGAUCUCCGUGCCCAAAGCCCAGGCCGAAAUCCCGGAGGGCGAGCUCACCCUGCACGGCCCCGACGCCGAAGGCAGCCUGGACGUGCCUGCCAGCAAAGUGGAGGGCAGCGGCAUGAAAAUACACAUGCCAAAAGUCAAG